AUGGCUCCUCCUGCAAACGAUGAGGGCUAUCAGCUCUGGGAAUACUAUCCUUCUAUGGUCGGAAACAUCGUAGUUGCCAGUGUUUUCGGUCUCCUUGCCUUGACGCAAUUCGGCCUCGUGAUCUUUCAAAAGCAAUGGUUUUGCAUCCCCUUAGUCGUCGGAGGACUUUUCGAAGUCAUCGGCUAUGGUGCCCGAGCCUACGCCCGUAGCCAUACCACGGAUACUCUACCUUACGCCAUACAAUCACUCUUGAUCCUGCUCGCACCCAUCCUCUUCGCUGCAUCAGUCUACAUGUACCUUGGUCGCGUCAUUCGCUCUGUGGACGGACAACGAUACUGCCUGAUUCCUCUGAAAUUGCUCACUAAGGUCUUCGUGGCCGGCGACGUUGCAUGCUUUCUGGCUCAAGGAGCAGGCGGCGGUCUUCUUUCCUCAGCCAAGAAAGCAUCGAAAGUCAGUCUCGGGCAAAACAUCAUCCUCGCAGGCCUCAUCCUCCAGAUCGUCAUCUUCUUUGGAUUCCUGGUCGUGGCGAUAAACUUUCACAUCCGUAUGCGAGGACAAUCGACAGCUUCACCGCGAGGAUGGCAGAGAAGACUCCUCGGCCUCUAUGUGGUCAGCGUUCUUAUCGCUGUGCGUAACAUCUUCCGCGCCAUCGAAUAUGGCAUGGGUAGUCCGAAUUAUCUGCUCAGUCAUGAGUGGUGCACCUUUGUAUUCGACGCUGCUUUGAUGAUUGUUGUCAUGAUUAUCAGCUUGAGUUGGUAUCCUGGUGUAUUCGGCAAAGCAGAGACACGACUGUCGGGCCACGAGAUGGAGAGUCAGCUGGAAUCAUCGGAAAUGACGAGGGAGGUCCUGGGUCCCAAGACAUCGACUUCUGGAUGA